AAUCGUUUACUCUUCGAAAUUUUAUUCAGACAUUAAUUGAAAAUCAUAUCCCUUGUCCAAGCCAUUAAAAAAUCAUAAUUUUCAGUGGUCCAAAUUCUAAGUAUUUUAAAAAUGUCUCACAAUCGCUGCCUAGACCCCAUGGACAAGUCGAUGUCCUCGAAACUUCUCCAGCUGAAGUCUAGCGUUAAUCCCUACCGACCAAGUCCAAUGGUAGUUCGAAGCAAUUCCCCGCAUCGGGAGAACGACAAGCGCAAUGGACUGGACUUGCAGCUGCCGGAGCAACCAGACCAAAUAGUUGUAAAGCGAGUGCGAUGGGCUCCGAUCUGUGGACAAAUGAGCUCGAGUAAGACCUCCACUUACAUCACUCCUUUGAGCAACAAACAUAUCCGCUUUGAUCAGGAAACUACAGAUGAGGAUAGAAUGGCCAACGAACUCCGAUUGGCCGUACAUCGAGGUGGUGGCUCCAUCGAUCCCGAGAAGAAUUACGAGCUGAGGGCUCAAUUGUCGCCCUUGCAACUGCCCUACAGUCGUGUGCAGCGGAUUCUAAGGGAGUGCGAGUUGAACGAGAGGAAUCAGAACACCUACAGCCUGCCCAUAGACUACGCUCGCCAACUGGUCGCCAUGGUCUGCAAGGUUAGGACGGAUAAUCUCAGCGCUCUGAAGUUGCGGCUGGCCACUUUACUGAGGCAGGGCAAAGCGCGCUUCUUCAAUCGACAUUUAUUUAACGAAACUGGUUUGAUUGAGGCCACUUUGCCCAGUAAAUCUUCUUUGAGUUUCGUGGAUUUGAAUCAAACAUUGCGAACAGAUGCUUUGUGGUGCAAGGCCACCGAUGGCGUCAUUACCGAUUUGGAGAAGGGCACCGUUUUGUUUAAGUGUCGACCGCAGGAUCUGCGAGAGGUGACUGACAAGUUACGCCAGUGCAGCUAUAAGAUUACGCACACGGAAGUGGGUCACUGUCCCAACAAACCGCUGGUGGAUUUAACUGAUCGACAAAUGACGCGUUACCAGGAAUUCCGCAAACAAAUUCUACAGGACGAAGAUGUUGUUAAGAUCUAUGACAAUGUGCGUGCUGGUAGUUCUUAAACGUUUUCGAAAAUGCCAUGGGGUCAGUCAAAAUUAUUUAAAGUUCAAGCCAACGGGAGAUAUUUCCCUUCGUUAAUAAAAUUAUAAUCACUCCAAAGGUUUUAUACC